GAUGCAAGACGGCUGGCAAGAAGAAAGUGAAAGAAGAACCAUCUUCAUUGGGUGAUUCUUCCAAUAGCACAAAAUUCUGCUCAUCAAAGGAGUCAAUCUCCCUCGCAUCAACCAGCUGCUCUUCAACAUCUAGCAUUACAAAUCCCACCAGCUAUGCAGAAGAAGAGAAAUCAACUCCAGGGCCAGAAAAAUCUGAUGAAACAUCUUCCGAGUGGUUGGGAGCAGAAGAGAAAGGUGAGUGCUCCCAGAAUUCGAAGAGCAGCAUUAGUGAGUAUGGUUGUACCACGAGUAUCAGCGAUGAGAGCCAAUUUGGAUUGUGUAGCUAUAAUAACAGGCCACACAUGGCAAAGGAUCUGCGCUGGCUAACCAUUCGUCAGUUGGCAUUGCAGCAGGGAUCGUUAGGUCUCGACAAUUUCAAGCUUCUGAAGAGGCUUGGUUGUGGGGAUAUUGGGACAGUGUAUCUUGCUGAGUUGGUUGAUUCAGAUUGCUUAUUUGCUUUGAAGGUUAUGGAUAUCGACUACCUUAUUAAUAGAAAGAAGAUGCUACGAGCACAGGCUGAGAGGGAGAUACUAGAAAUACUCGAUCAUCCUUUCCUCCCAACUCUUUAUGCACAUUUUACCACAGACAAUCUCUCAUGCUUGGUCAUGGAGUACUGUCCAGGUGGUGAUUUGCACGUUCUUCGUCAAAAACAACCUGGAAGAAGCUUUCCAGAGCCAGCAGCAAGGUUUUAUGUCGCAGAAGUUCUCCUUGCUUUGGAAUAUCUUCACAUGCUAGGUGUUAUAUAUCGUGAUCUAAAGCCAGAAAACAUUCUAGUCCGUGAAGAUGGGCAUAUAAUGCUAUCAGACUUUGACCUCUCACUGAGGUGCUCAGUGAAUCCUGUGCUGCUUCGGUCAUCCUCUGUAGCAGCAAAUCACCAACCAAGGAAACUUGCAGGACCUUGUGCCUCAUCCGCGCCUCCCUCGUCUGCAAGCCCUGGCUCCGCCUCAUCUCCGACGGGACCUUCCUCCGCCGCUACCGCGCCUUCCACCAAACGCCUCCUCUGCUCGCCUUCCUCGCCAACAUCUGCGGCAACAGAGAACCCCGCUUCAUCCCCUUCCCGGCACCCACCCCCUUCAAGCCGCCGGCGUUCGUCUGCUCCCGCCGCCCGGCGGGUCAUGGACUGCCGCCACGGCCGCGCCCUCCUCUUCGACAUGUGGGCCGACAGCGAGGGUGCCCUCGUCUGGGACCCCAUCACGGGCGACCCGCAGGUCCUGCCCAAGCCCGACUGCAGGUACAUCUCCGGCGCUGUGGUGCUCUGCGCCAGUGCCGCGGCCGGAUGCGACCACCUCGACUGCCACGGGGGUCCCUUCCUGGUGGUGUGUUUGGUGUGUUUGGGCAUCAGCCCGAUGCCGGGCGGCGCGACGGACGCGCGUGUCUACACAUCGGACGCUGGCUCGUGGGGCGCACAGGCCUCCGUUCAGUUAGGGCUUGAUUCCUUGGGCAAGAUGAAUCCUCCAGUCGUCAUUGGAGAUGAAGUCUAUUUCCCGCUAGACAUCACUCCCAGAAUUCUAAUGUACAGCUUGGGUAAGGAUGCCUUCUCUCUGAUUGGCCCUCCGGACCUGGAUGGUGAUAGCGAAUUUGUUCUCAUGCGGACGGAGGACGGUUCGUUGGGGCUGGCUGCUGUUAGAGAUUCAAACCUUUACCUUUGGUCAAGGAAGGUGAAUCCAGAGGGGGUUGCAGGAUGUGUAAAUUGCAGGGUUAUCAAUCUUCAGAUACUGUUUUCCAUCCACAACCGUAAUACAACUAGCGUGAUUGGUUUCGCUGAGGGUGUUGAAGUCAUCUUCAUGAGCACAUAUGUAGGCAUGUUCGCGAUUGAGCUCAAGUCAGGGAAAGUGAAAAAGGUAGCCGGGCCUGAGGACUACUUUUCCGUCUUACCAGUCAUGAGCUUCUACACUCCAUGUUUUGUGCUAUCCUUUACUAUGUUUUCUUAG